UCCGCCGUCGUCGUUUUGCGUCAUCAGUGUGCGUCCGGUGCAUUCGGAGCAGAAGCAGAAGCAGAAAUGGCCGCAAGGUUACUGAGAGCUGCAGUCCGGGCCUCGGCGCUGUGCCGCCGUUCUCCCGCUCCGGUCCUCAGCAGGGGAAUGGCGGCUGGAGGCAUUCCCACUGAUGAACAGCAGGCCACUGGGCUGGAGAAAAGAGUUCUGAAGUCCUUGAAGGCUGGCGCGGACCCAUACAGUGUGUUGAAGCCGAAGCAGUACGCUGGCUCCAAAGACGACCCGCACAUCGUCCCCUCCAUCAACAACAAGCGCCUCGUCGGCUGCGUCUGUGAAGAGGAUAACACAGCCAUCGUGUGGUUCUGGCUGCAUGAAGGAGAACCUCAGCGCUGUCCGUCCUGCGGCUCACACUAUAAACUCGUUCCUCAUGAACUUCCUCACUGAGACUCUGCAAACAGAGCUGAAUGUUUUUUCUUCGUGUUAAUUAACAUAACAUUUAUACACACACCUGACUGUACAAAGUGUGUGUGUGUCACACCAGUUACUCCUAAUAAACAUGUUAAACCUG